AUGGACAAACAAGACUUCGCCAAGGUUAUCCCCAUCACACUCUGUUCCAGAGCAGAAGAACCUGGCGGUCUUAAUGUUGGGUCGGUCAAUGGUGCUCUCGUCUAUGCGCUGCUAUUCGCCAUCUAUCGUCUCUACUUCAGUCCUAUAGCCGCAUUUCCAGGCCCAUUCCUCGCCAAGGUUACACAUUGGUAUGAGUUUUACUACCACUCUGUAUGUACGGGCAUGUACUACGAGAAGAUCCGUGAGAUGCAUUGCAGAUUCGGACCCGUUGUACGAGUUACACCAGAAGAAGUCCAGGUCCUGGAUCCUUCAGCCUACCACAAACUUUUCGUAACUGGUGCGGCUCAGGAGCUAUCAGCCAGGAGGUGUUUUAACGAGCAGUGGUAUGAGAUCCUUAAGAUUGUGAACAGCGACCUCGUAGAGAGGGAGUUGGGCAAUGGCGUGUUUGCUCGUCUCGCUCAUCUUAUUCAACAAGCAGGCUCUUUCAACGUGUCACACACGCUCAGUACUGUGAUUGUGUACUUGCUUCUCGGCCAGAAGAAACUAGAGCCUUUGAGAAAAGAGCUUGGGGUGAUUUGGGCGCGAUAUGACGGCAACAAAGGUCAACCAUCCUGGGUCGAGUUGGAGAAGGCGCCGUAUCUGAGCGCAUGUGGCAUGAAUCGCACGCCUCGCGUGUUCCCACAUGAUGACAACGAGGUGUGCGCUUGGCUGCUACCCAAGGGAACACCAAUCUCCAUGUCCACUUACUGGAUGCACAAUGAUCCAGUCGUAUUCCCAAAUCCAGAGUCAUUUGAGCCGGAUCGAUGGAUUAAUAAUUCACCGGAAGAGUUGACAGCGAUGCGAGCGUACUUUGUUCCAUUUGAAAAAGGCAGCAGGGCUUGUCUUGGCCAAAAUUGCUCACAUCUCCGGCCUGGUAUGCCGAACCUCACACUAUACGACACAAUGCCGAGGGAUGUUAUUGCUGCUAUUCAUGGUCUACUAUUCGCUAUGCCGCCGAUUGAUUCAAAGGGAGUCAAAGUCACCAUAUCAUAA